GCAAAUCUUUUCACUUUAUUGUUGUUCAUAAACCCCAAAAACACACACCAAAUUUGUCCAUCCGCCGUCAAAAAGAAAAAAAUGUCACAAUCUUUAGAGCUAUUGCUAAUUCAAUUCUUGAUGCCGGAUAACGAUGCUCGUCGGCAAGCUGAAGAUCAAAUUAAGCGUCUUGCUAAAGACCCACAAGUUGUUCCGGCUCUUGUUCAUCAUUUAAGAACUGCUAAAACCCCCAAUGUCCGUCAACUCGCCGCCGUUCUCCUCCGUAAAAAGAUCACCGGCCAUUGGGCUAAACUCACACCUCAGCUGAAACAGCUUGUCAAACAGUCCCUUAUUGAGAGCAUUACUAUGGAACACAGUCCACCUGUAAGGCGAGCCAGUGCAAAUGUAGUGAGUAUUAUUGCAAAGUAUGCUGUCCCUGGUGGAGAAUGGCCCGAUUUGUUGCCAUUUUUGUUUCAGUGCAGUCAGAGUCCACAAGAAGACCAUAGAGAGGUGGCAUUGAUAUUAUUCAGCUCUUUAACUGAGACAAUUGGGGAUUCAUUCCGACCAUAUUUUGCUGAUUUACAAAUGCUCUUACUCAAGUGCUUACAAGAUGAGGCUAGCAACAAUGUUAGAGUGGCUGCUCUUAAGGCGGUUGGCUCUUUUAUUGAGUUCACUCAUGAUGCGAACGAAGUGAUUAAAUUUCGGGAAUUUAUUCCGAGCAUUUUAAAUGUUUCAAGACAAUGCCUUGCCUCUGGUGACGAAGACGUUGCAAUAAUUGCCUUUGAGAUAUUUGAUGAACUGAUCGAAUCUCCAGCACCUCUUCUUGGUGAAUCAGUCAAAGCCAUAGUGCAAUUCUCUCUUGAGGUUUGCUCAAGUCCAAGUUUGGACUCCAGCACACGUCAUCAGGCAAUUCAAAUCAUUUCUUGGCUUGCAAAGUACAAAUCCAAUUCUCUUAAGAAACACAAGUUAAUCAUCCCGAUUCUUCAAGUGCUGUGCCCAUUGCUUACCGAAGCAAAAGAUAGGGACGACGACGAUGAUGACCUGGCACCAGAUCGUGCUGCUGCAGAAGUUCUUGAUACCAUGUCCUUAAAAUUGCCAAAACAUGUGUUUCCACCUGUUUUUGAAUUUGCUUCUCUAAGCAGUCAAAAUGCUGACCCAAAGUUCCGAGAAGCUUCAGUCACAGUUUUGGGUGUCAUUUCAGAGGGUUGUUUGGAGUUAAUGAAAGCAAAGCUUGGACCUGUUCUCCAGAUCGUGUUAGGGGGACUAAGAGAUCCUGAACAGGUUGUAAGAGGAGCUUCCUCGUUUGCAUUAGGUCAAUUUGCCGAGUAUCUGCAACCUGAGAUCAUCUCCCAUUAUGAAAGUGUUCUUCCUUGUAUAUUAAAUGCCUUGGAAGAUUCAUCUGAUGAUGUCAAGGAGAAGUCAUACUACGCAUUGGCAGCAUUUUGUGAGAAUAUGGGUGAAGAAAUCCUACCUUUCCUUGAUUCUUUAAUGGGAAAACUAUUUGCUGCCCUGCAAACUAGUAAGCGUAUGUUGCAGGAGACAUGCAUGUCUGCAAUUGGUUCAGUUGCGUCUGCUGCAGAGCAAGCUUUUCUACCAUAUGCAGAGCGGGUUAUAGAGUUGAUGAAGAAUUUCAUGGUGCUUACAAGUGAUGAGGAUCUUCGCUCACGAGCACGGGCUACAGAGCUGUUGGGGAUUGUUGCCAUGGUUGUGGGAAGGGCAAGGAUGGAACCAAUUUUACCACCUUUUAUCGAGGCUGCUAUUUCCGGCUAUGGGCUGGAAUACAGUGAACUUCGUGAAUAUACUCAUGGAUUCUUCAGCAAUGUAGCAGAAAUAUUGGAAGAUGGAAUGGUUCAGUAUCUUCCACAUGUCGUGCCUCUGGCAUUUUCUUCCUGCAAUCUUGAUGAUGGGUCUGCUAUUGAUGUUGACGAUUCUGAUGAUGAUGAGAAUGUUAACGGAUUUGGUGGGGUAUCAUCUGAUGAUGAAGCUCAUGAUGAACCAAGAGUCCGAAAUAUUAGUAUAAGAACUGGUGUUUUAGAUGAGAAGGCUGCUGCAACUCAAGCGCUUGGGCUGUUUGCUUUGCAUACAAAAAGUGCUUAUGCCCCAUAUUUGGAAGAGUCAUUGAGAAUUUUGGUGAAACAUUCUGGCUAUUUUCAUGAAGAUGUUCGACUUCAGGCCAUUUCUGGCUUAAAGAAUUUAUUAAUAGCUGCUCAUGCAAUCUUCCAAGGUCAAAAUGACGGAGCAACCAAGGCAAAAGAAAUCCUUGAUUCUGUGAUGACAAUUUAUAUCAAAACGAUGAACGAAGAUGAUGAUAAGGAAGUGGUUGCUCAAGCUUGUAUGAGUGUAGCAGACAUCAUCAAAGAUUUUGGAUACGUUGCCGUUGAAUCUUAUAUGCCUCGGAUUGUAGAGUCAACUCUGGUUUUGCUUCGACAAGAAUCAGCCUGUCAACAAAUAGAAUCUGACAGUGAUAUUGAUGAUGAUGAUGCCGUGCAUGACGAAGUACUUAUGGAUGCUGUUUCUGACCUCCUUCCUGCUUUUGCCAAAGCCAUGGGUUCUCACUUUGCACCAAUCUUUGCAUCUCUAUUUGAUCCAUUGAUGAAGUUUGCGAAAGGUUCACGCUCAGCACAAGACCGGACAAUGGUGGUUGCAUGCCUUGCUGAAGUUGCCCAAGACAUGGGUGGUCCAAUUGCUGCCUAUGUUGAUGCAGUGAUGCCCUUGGUACUAAAAGAAUUAGGUUCAUCAUCAUCAACUAAUAGGAGGAAUGCUGCAUUUUGUGCCGGAGAGUUGUGCAAAAAUGGUGGCAUCUCCAGUCUCAAAUACUUUAGUGAUGUGUUGCGUGGCCUUUAUCCAUUAUUUGGAGAAUCUGAGCCAGAUGACGCAGUAAGGGACAACGCUGCUGGUGCAGUUGCAAGGAUGAUCAUGACGCACCAGGAGUCCAUCCCCUUAAAUCAGGUCCUCCCUGCUUUUGUAAAGGUUCUUCCCUUAAAAGAAGAUCACGAAGAAUCCAUGCCUGUUUAUAGCUGCAUUUGUAGUCUUGUUCUAUCAUCCAACCCAGAGAUUGUUCCUCUAGUCCCAGAAUUGGUUAACGUUUUUGCACAAGUGGCUUUAUCUCCAGUUGAAACACCAGAAGUUAAAGUACAAAUAGGAAGGGCUUUUGCUCACUUGUUAUCAAUAUACGGUCAGCAGUUGCAGCCACUCUUGGGCAGUCUCUCACCUACGCUUGCUAAUGCAUUGGCUGCUAUUGCACCAAAAAGUUGAUUUUUUAGCUGCCAAUAAGCUCGUCCUUGUCGGAAAUAUUUGGAGUAUUAUACUUUGAGUUUCAGCGCCAGAAAUAUUCAUUUUUUUCAGUCAGGUAUUUUCUUGCCAACAUCACCCCUCCAGUUUUUCGUGAUGGAGCCACAUGGUCAUUUUUCCAUUUUUGUUUUGGGGGUAUUCAGUUCCUCCUUUUAUUGAUUUUGUUUUCUUGUUCAUUUACUUGUAUGUUCACAUUUAUGGUUGUGUUCAUAUAGUGAAGAAUACACUCAACUGAAAUAUGCGUGUAGUAUACGGCAAGGGUUUUAGAGUUGUCUUAUAAGAAGUGUGAUAAGGUUUGGUAGUCGUUUAUCUUGUGUCGUUGGUUGGUUUUUUGAUUGGAUUUAAGGGAUUUUAUAUUGUGAAGUUUAGUGAAUAGCAUGUGUUUUGCUGAAUCAAAAAAAAAAAAGAAAAAAAGAAAGAGUUUUGCUGAA